GCGUUGUGCCGAGUGAAUUCUCUUUUUCCCCCGAAAUCGCGCAAGUUGCAUUUAGCACGUGUUUUUACUAGUCAAAAUAAGCGAUGAAUGGGUCGAAUAAAAAGAAUAGUGACAAACACAUAGAGGGUUCGCCAGAAAGGAUCUGCAUCUUAGACGCAGGCGCCCAAUAUGGCAAGGUCAUUGACCGAAGGGUCAGGGAAUUGAAUGUGGAAUCAGUAAUUUUGCCACUCGACACACCAGCGAUUGAACUGAAGGAUACAAAUUAUAAAGCCAUCAUAAUUUCAGGGGGACCAAAUUCUGUCAACGAUAUAGAUGCUCCCAUCUAUGAUUCCGAUAUCUUCAACAUCGGUAUACCCGUUCUUGGAAUUUGUUAUGGUUUUCAAAUGAUAAAUAAACAAUUCGGUGGCACCGUUUCCAAGAAAGACGUAAGAGAAGACGGCCAGUUCGACAUCACUGUUGACGACAAGUGUCAGUUAUUUAAAGGCCUAGAAAAAACACAACACGUUUUACUCACUCAUGGAGAUAGCGUGGAAAAAAUAGCAGAUGGUUUUACUAUUGUAGCAGAAUCUGGAGAUAUUGUCGCAGCCAUUGCCAAUGAAAAAUUAAGAAUCUAUGGCGUUCAGUUUCAUCCUGAAGUGGACUUAACUAUCGAUGGAAUUAAAAUGUUGUCUCACUUUUUAUAUGAUAUAUCAGGUUGUCAUGGUUCCUUCACAAUGAAAUGUCGUGAACAGUCAUGUAUAGACUAUAUUAAAGAGGUAGUUGGCGAUCAUAAAGUUCUGAUGUUAUUGAGUGGUGGAGUUGAUUCUACUGUUUGCGCUGCACUGCUAAACAAAGCUUUAAAGAAAGACCAAGUCAUUGCUAUUCACAUUGAUAAUGGGUUCAUGAGGAAAGAUGAGAGUAGCUGUGUUGAGACGUCGCUUUCGAAAAUUGGGUUGAAAGUGAAAGUAAUACGUGCAGGAAUUACAUUUUACAGUUCAACUACCUCCGUGACAGACGAACAAAAUAACUCCAUAAAACGUCGAACUAAGACUUUGAAUACAACAACAAACCCCGAGGAGAAACGUAAAAUAAUUGGAGAUACGUUUAUGAAAGUCGCAAAUGAUUAUAUAAAAGCAUUGAACUUAAAUCCUGACGAGGUAUACUUGGGACAAGGAACUCUGCGCCCAGAUUUGAUAGAAAGUGCUUCAUGCUUGGCUAGCGGCAAAGCGGAUGCGAUUAAGACACAUCAUAACGACACUUUCAUGGUGCGAGAACUUCGUAAACAAGGAAAAAUCGUGGAACCUCUUAAGGAAUUUCAUAAAGAUGAGGUCCGUGUGAUUGGAAAAGAUCUUGGACUACCAGCUGAUUUAGUACAAAGACAUCCAUUUCCUGGUCCAGGAUUAGCAAUUCGAGUAAUAUGUGCAGAUGAACCAUACAUUGGAAAAGAUUUCACUGAAACUAGUAUUCUCCUGAAACUUAUCGUAGAUUUUUCAAAUUCUUCCAAAUCUUCCCAAAGUAUAUUAGACACUAUCCAUAAAUGUACGACCGAGAAAGAACGAAAAGUGUUGAAAGAAAUCACAGCCAGUUAUCCGUUGACAGCUACACUGCUUCCUAUUAAAACGGUCGGUGUUCAAGGUGACAGUCGAACGUACAGUUACGUGGCCGCCUUAUCCUCCGAUGACGACCCAAAAUGGGGUGACUUAAUGACACUGGCGAAGGUAAUACCUCGUAUUUGCCACAGUAUAAAUCGUAUCGUCUAUGUCUUUGGAGAAAGUAUAAAACACCCUGUAGAUAGCAUUACGCCCACUUUCCUGACCGAAGGAGUUUUAAGCACUCUGCGUCGAGCGGACUUUUUGGCAACUAAAGUCUUACAAGAUGCAAACUGUGUGAGAAAUAUCAGUCAGAUGCCCAUCGUUAUCAUACCUGUUCACUUCGACCGUCCACCAAUGUCCCACUCUCCUUCUUGUCAAAGAUCGAUUGUUAUUCGUACCUUUAUUACCAAUGAUUUUAUGACCGGUAUACCUGCUACUCCUGAUAAAAAUCUACCUGAGGAAGUUCUCAAUCAAAUGGUGAAGGAAAUUGAAACAGUACCGGGGAUAUCCCGUGUUCUUUAUGACCUAACAGCCAAACCCCCGGGUACAACGGAAUGGGAGUGAAUUAAUUAUAUAUACGAUAUAAUAUGACAAUGUGUGUUGUGCAAUCUGAUUCAAACACAGAUCCUAUUUCUUUUCGUUUUUUAUAGUUCAAAAUUUCGUUUUACUUGUCUUUACUACACUAGGACCCGGAAGAGUUGUUAUCAUUGACGUGUUCUGGAUAAUGUGAGGGGUUAGCCAAUGACACGGUCUGUUACGGCGAGCUUUAGGUGUGUUUUGCACAUAACUGUGGGGUAAUCCUGAUUGGUUAACAUCAAUGCUGAUUGGUUAAUCAGAUGUCUGACGUCAUAGGUCAAAAGCCGCUCGCAUGACCUCUGACGCAACCUGUCGCUACAACCGGUCAGAUCUUCAUGUAGUAGAGGCCAUCGAAAGUAUAAAAGAAAACGAAAGUAAAUAUAGAUCUGUACUUUAAUCAGAUUGGUGUGUUGUGUUUGUUUAUUAUUCCAUUUUAAAAACAAGUUGUUAUUCUUAGUGCUUGUGUUGUACAUAUUCUUUAUGGACUAAUUUGUAUUAAAACAUAUAAAGUUCAGGGUCACCGGAGAAACAUCAAUUUUUUUUAAAUAAUGCUAGUAAUUAAUUAUGUCAACAUAUCCUUUCCAUAAGUAUAACACGAACCCGAACGUCAAUAUUACCUUAAACAGGUAAAUUUCAAGGUUAACAAUUUCUGCCGUUCUCCAUGGAUAUGUUGACAUAAUUACUUGCAUUAUUUAAAAAAUUUAUGAAGCUUUUCCGGUGACCUUUAAUGUUUUCAUGGUUGAAUUGUGUCAAAACUGUACAGUGCGUGUAUACAUAAUUCAUUGCUUGUGUUGUCAUAUAUUAAUUAUAAAUGGAAUAAGACCGCUGCAGAUACAAUUCCAUGUAAUUAUAAUGAAAUCCAGACUCAAAUUCACAUUUAUACGAACAAAGGGGUAAUGAAAUAUGCGACGUCACAUGUAUAACAAGUUCAGACAUGAUAUUGUUGGUUUAAGUUUAAGCAGGAAACCUAAUUAAUUUUAUUUACAUCAUACACUGUAACCCGGGUAUUAUUUAAUCUUGUGUAUGUAGCACUAAUUUCUUUCACAUUCAUCUAAUAUCAAAUCUUUGGUUAAAACUUCAUAAAAAUCGUUUAAAAAUCAUCUAAUUUGUACAGUUUAAAGCUGAUAGUGACAGGUUAAUUUUGAUAGCGAGUGUCCAAUUUACAAGUAUUUAAAUUCCUGAAGAAUACUGUUCAAAAAUUAAUUAUUAUAUACGUCAAUAAUCAGUUGGGUUGUUUAAUUGAUUUUUUAAGAAUUCUCAUUUACCGGUACCUGUACAUUUAACCGCUACUUGCAUUUAUAUAUUUAUGGAAUUUCAAAAUGUAUAUUUAUAAUGUAACAGGAACAUAGCGAGCAAAUAUAUCUUUAGAUAUAAACUUAAUACUUGAGUGGCAUUUAUUGAUUGAGCACAUUAAAAAACACAACACAAUUUAUAUGG